GUAGGUGUCCCUUCUGAAAUUUAACUUUUAAUAUAAGAAUUCCUUCUCUGCCUGGUCCCUAUGUGCCCCCUCUGGCAUGAGCCUCUGUGGACCAUUUGGAGUGUGGUCCUUGCUUUAGCUUUGAACCCUCCUGAGAAGUCAUGGGUGAGACACCAAUUCCAAGUCUCUCCACUGUCCCAAUCUCAACUGAGAGCCUGGCAGAGCUUUGCACAGUGAACACUUACAGGCAGGGCUACUGCACACCCUGAUGGAGCCCCUGCAGCAGGACUUCCUGGAUCAGAAGAGCAGGUUGGGACACAUCAAGUGAUACUAUGUGCAGACACUUUUCUCAGUCCACCUCUUCUGUCCUUGACUCCUCACUGGAGCUGAUCUCCCUGCUGGAUUCCUGUCAUGAACUUCUGGACCAGUUGGAGCCCCCUGAGGCCCCUGAGGCAGAGCCCCAGGGCAAAGAGAACUCUGGACCAGCUCCAGUCCACACUGAGGUCCCCCCUGGAGAACUCAUGCCAGCUCCACCUGCAGCUCCCUCAGCAGCUCUGGCCCCACAGCAAGAGCCAGUACCUGGAAGCCCUGCUCCACCAGCUGCAGAGCUGGAACUCCUGGUGUCUCCACAGCUGGUGUCAUCUCUUGAGCUCCACACCUGCCAUUCCCCUCUCUUACAGAUUUACUCAUUAUUGUUUGUAUUGUUACCCUUAUGUCCCAGAGUCAGGUGA